AUGGAGCGCUCCCGCCGUAGUGGCACAAAACGCACCCCACACGAGAAAUUUGCUGAACUUCGUGAGCUCAAGAAAUCGGGUAAAACACGCCUCUCUACAUAUGAGGUUGAGGAGGAAGAGGAUCUAUAUCGGGUGGUCGACGACGAUGAGUAUAAGAAAGUCGUCCGCGACAGGCUGGCACAGGAUGACUUUGUCGUCGACGACAAUGGCGAGGGAUACAUGGAUAAUGGUAUGGAUGAUUGGGGAGAUGAGGGGAGAAGGGAAAGGAGCUAUGAUGAGGAAAGUGAUGAGGAGGCUGGGAAGAAGGGAAAAGGCAAGAGCGCAAAGAAGAAGCGUGAGGAUGAAGCAAAGAGAAAGAUGGAGAGAGAUAAGGAUAUCACUAAAUACUUCAGUUCUGCAAAUGUUGUGCCAUCUGUCAAGUCAAAGAAGCCAAUAGCUACAGAAGAGGAUAAAGACUUCAUGGACUCUCUGCUCGAAGAAUUUAAUAGUGAACUUCCUAACAAUAUAUCAUCCUCUAAACGCACCCGAGAGGAGCCCUCGACUCGUAAAACCCGCCGCCUCUCCCCCGCUUUAGGAGACAGGAAGAAACCCUCUGGCCUCAACAAAUCUGCCAAUAAUGACACGAGACCUUCUAUCCCGAGCUCCCCCCCUGCAAUGCGUGUAUUUGACGAUGAGGACGAUGAAUAUGGCGCCCCCAUCGUCGAUGACGAUAUACUCAUGUCCGACGCCCAGAUCCCGCCUUCUUCUCCUCUGGCAGGCACAAAACAGCAAAAAAAAGUUACUUUUAAACAAGAAGAAGAAGAAGACUCCGAUGAUGAUUACCUCGCGAUUGCGGAAAUAAAGGGGAACAAAGGGGCUAAAUCAGAAGCGAUAAAUAUAUCGGCUUCGAGGCCUUCGCUCAUGAGGGUUCCAGAGCCGCAACAUACGGCUAGCACUCCACGGAAGCCGAUUGCUAUUGAUUCGUCUGCGUGGAAGAAUUUGGCAGGGAGCUUGAAUGUUAUGAGCUCACCGCAAGUGGAGAAUACCAAAUACGGGAAGUUAGCGACUGAAGAUGUUUUAGAGGAGGAUGGAAGUUUGAAGAUAUUUUGGCUGGAUUACACAGAAGUUUUGGGGUCCCUAUGUCUUUUUGGAAAAGUCAUGGAUAAAGGGACCAAUAAAUAUGUCAGCGCGUUCUUGAAGAUUGAUGGGAUUCAAAGGAGUCUGUUCUUUUUACCAAAAGAUAACGAAGAGAUCGAAAUGACUGAUGUUUACGACGAAGUCACUUCAAUAUUAGACAAAAAUCGCAUCACAGAAUAUAGGUCUAAAUCCACUUCCCGAAAAUAUGCAUUCGAACUUGCUGGGAUCCCAAGGGAAGGUGAUUACCUCAAAGUUCAAUAUCCAUAUAAUCAACCGGCACUGCCACAGAAGCUUAAGGGCAACACCUUCUCACACGUUUUCGGUACCAAUACCUCACUAUUUGAACAGUUUGUCCUCUGCAGAAACGUAAUGGGGCCCUGUUGGCUCAGAGUUGAAGGUGGGGACUUCAGCGCUGUUCAGAAUGCGUCGUGGUGCAAACUAGAAGUCCAAGUCGAGAAACCCACGCAAAUCACGGUUUUGGGCGAUGAUUCUUCAGAGCCACCCCCACUCACACUCAUGAGUAUCGCUUUAAGGACACAUAUGAAUGUAAAGGAGAACAAGCAAGAGAUUAUUGCUAUCUCUUGUAGAAUUUACGAAAACGUCAGUCUUACUGAUGCUGCAUCGCCGGAGACACUACCAUGUCAGACUUUCUCGAUAGUCAGGCCUAUUAACCAAAUUUUCCCCCAUGGAUUCGAGAAAGCUGCAGAGCGACACCGGGGAACGAUUAGACAGGAAAAGACCGAGAAUAUGUUACUCUCUUCAUUCUUGGCAAAACUACAGCAGGCCGACCCGGAUGUGUUAAUAGGACAUCAGCUUGAGAGUGUGGAUUAUAGCAUUCUCCUGCAUCGCAUGAAAGAGCGAAAAACUCCAAAUUGGCACAGAAUUGGAAGAAUGAAGAGAAUGUCCUGGCCGCAAUAUGGAGGGAAAAUGGCAGGGAGCUUUUUCGCAGAACGGCAACUUGUCUCAGGGCGAUUGAUGUGUGAUCUUGCGAAUGACCUUGGAAAAUCACUUCUUAUUAAAUGCCAGUCUUGGAGUCUUACCGAGAUUUGUGAGCUUGUUCUUUCAGAGAAACGGCAGGAACUGGAUAACGAGGAGGCACUUAGGACUUGGGCAUCAAACGGGGAAGGAUUGCUUGAUUACGUGCUACACUGUGAGGCGGAUACAUACUUCAUUGCGGCUGUUGCACUCAAGAUCCAAAUGUUACCACUUACUAAACAACUCACUAACCUCGCUGGUAACUCAUGGGCCCGUACACUUAGUGGAACCCGUGCAGAACGAAACGAGUACAUUCUUCUCCAUGAAUUCCACCGCAACAAAUUCGUCUGUCCCGAUAAAGACUCUAGCAAGGGUAACAAAGCCACCAAAGCCGAUGAAGAAGGAGGUGUAGAUGCAGAAGAAGCCGCCCCCGAAAAAAAGAAGGAUAAAUACAAGGGCGGUCUGGUUUUUGAGCCUGAGAAAGGGCUGUACGACAAAUUUAUCUUGGUCAUGGACUUCAACUCACUAUACCCUAGCAUCAUCCAGGAAUACAACAUCUGUUUCACCACCGCCGAGAGGAAUGAUGAUGAUGAGGAUAAGGUUCCCGAAGUCCCAGAGGAACAAGCGUUGGGAAUUUUACCGAAGUUGAUUAGUACAUUGGUGCAAAGGAGACGGCAGGUCAAAAAUUUAAUGAAGGAUAAAGGCGCCACAGCGGUGCAGAAGUCACAGUGGGAUAUCAAACAACAAGCACUAAAAUUGACGGCCAACUCUAUGUACGGUUGUCUGGGUUAUACCCGCUCACGGUUUUAUGCACGUCCCCUAGCCAUGCUCACCACAUUCAAGGGUCGUGAGAUUUUACGUGCAACAAAGGAACUGGCAGAGUCAAUGUCGCUGCGAGUUAUUUAUGGUGAUACUGACUCCGUCAUGAUCAAUACCAACGUAGACAAUUAUAGUGAUGCCAUAAAAAUCGGAAACGAGUUUAAAAAGAAGGUCAAUGAACGGUACAGGCUGCUAGAGAUCGAUAUUGACAACAUCUUCCAAAGACUGUUACUACAUGCGAAGAAGAAGUAUGCAGCUAUUAAUUACGUGGAAAUCAACGGGAAGCUUGAUACGAAACUGGAGGUAAAGGGAUUGGAUAUGCGAAGACGAGAAUUCUGUCAACUGUCAAAAGAGGUUUCCUCACAUAUCUUGAACGAAAUAUUUUCGGGGGAUGAAACGGAGAUUGUUGUGGAGAAAAUUCACGAUUACCUCCGUGAUCUUGCAGCAAAAAUCAGGGGGGCUAAAUUCCCAAUCAUGAAGUACAUCAUCUACACCAAGCUUGGAAAGAAUCCUGAAGAUUAUCCCCACGGAAAGACGAUGCCACAGGUUCAGGUAGCCCUAAGAAAGAAAGCGCGAGGGGAACCUGUCAAGAGCGGAGAUGUUAUAUCAUACGUUAUCACGGGUGAUGGAGAAGGGCAUGACAAGAAUCCCGCGGAAAGGGCGUACUCGAUUCAGGAUGUCCAGAAGUCCGACUCUGGUCUGAAGCCUGACCCAGAAUGGUACCUUCUUAAGCAGAUUUUCCCACCCAUUGAACGUCUAUGUGGGCCAAUUGAUGGCACAGACGCCAUGAGAUUAGCCGAGUGCCUAGGGCUUGAUACGAAGAAAUACCAAAUCGUCAAUUCUGCUCGGCAGGAGGAGCGUGAAAUCCAUCCGUUGGAGUCUACGAUUCCAGAUAAAGAACGAUUUAAGAACGCGGCAAAACUGAGUCUUCGGUGCCGUUCAUGUAAAGUGUCAUUUGAAUUUGAGGGACUCCUUAACUCUCAGAACCUGGUUUCGACGGACGGAAUUACAUGCGCGAAUACUUCUUGUGGGAAACUUGUCACUGUUACGAGUGUGGUUGCGCAGCUUGAGUAUCAAAUACGAUCAUUGACAACCAAAUACUACGAUGCAUGGUUGGUAUGCGACGACACACAAUGCGGUAAUCGUACACGUCAAAUGAGUGUGUAUGGUAAAAGGUGUUUGGGGCCCAAAGGCCAUGCAAGCGGGUGCAGAGGAGUUAUGAGUUACGAGUAUACAGAUAAGAUGCUGUAUAAUCAACUGCUGUACUUUUCGAGUGUGUUUGAUGUGGAUAAGGCAAAGGAAGGGGUCGAAGUUGAUAAGAACGAGACCCUUCAUGUGUUGGCGGAAAAGAAUAGGAUGAGGUUUAAGAUUAUAUCAGAAGCAGUUCAGAGAUAUUUAGAGAAGUGUGGGAGACAGUGGGUUUCUAUGGAGAGUAUUUUUAGUUUUGCAGCAUAG